AUGGCGGAGGUAGCAACGAUAGGGAACAAAACAGACAACACAAUAGUGUGUUAUGCACCAACAAUGAUAACAACGAAUGGAAUAUGGCAAGGUGAUAACCCAUUGGAUUAUUCUCUUCCACUCUUCAUCUUGCAAUUAACUUUGGUGGUUGUCACCACUCGCCUUCUCGUUUGCAUCCUCAAACCCUUCCGUCAACCUCGUGUAAUCUCUGAGAUCAUUGGGGGAAUCAUACUGGGUCCUUCGGUACUAGGUCGGAAUAUGAAGUUUGCCAACACAAUAUUCCCAUUACGAAGCGUGAUGGUGCUGGAGACAAUGGCAAACGUAGGUCUUCUUUAUUUCCUCUUUCUGGUUGGGGUGGAGAUGGACAUCUCAGUAAUCCGAAGAACGGGGAAGAAGGCUCUAGCCAUCGCCGGCGCCGGCAUGGUCUUGCCCUUCAUCAUCGGCUGCUCCACCUCCUUCCUCAUGCGCCAGAAAGCCCAAGCGUUAAACCAAGGCACCUUCAUUUUGUUCCUCGGCGUCGCCCUCUCCGUCACCGCCUUCCCCGUGCUCGCUCGCAUCCUUGCCGAACUCAAGCUCAUUAACACCGACCUCGGUCGCGUCGCCCUCUCCUCCGCCCUCAUCAACGACAUGUGCGCUUGGAUUCUUCUGGCCUUGGCCAUCGCAUUGGCCGAGAACGAAUCCACCUCCUUGGCUUCCCUCUGGGUGAUUUUGUCCAGCGCGGCCUUCGUCGUCUUCUGCAUUUUCGUAGUGCGACCGGCGGUGUCGUGGAUGAUUCGCCAGACGCCAGAGGGCGAGACCUUCAGCGACUUCUAUAUAUGUCUAAUACUCACGGGGGUUAUGAUCUGCGGCUUCGUGACGGAUGCCAUCGGAACGCAUUCGGUUUUCGGGGCGUUCGUCUUUGGCUUGGUCAUUCCGAAUGGACCCUUGGGGGUAGUCCUGAUAGAAAAGCUGGAGGACUUCGUAUCGGGGCUUCUCCUCCCUCUCUUCUUCGCCAUUAGCGGGCUUAAAACUAAUAUCGCGGCGAUUAAAGGAGCCGCCACCUGGGGGUUCUUGUUUCUGGUGGUGGCUCUCGCCUGCGCUGGCAAAGUCGCCGGCACUGUCCUUGUUGCUCUUUUUUACAAGAUGCCCUUUCGCGAAGGCGUCACGCUUGGUUUCCUCAUGAACACCAAAGGCCUCGUUGAGAUGAUUGUACUCAAUGUUGGGAAAGAUCAAAAUGUGUUAGACGAUGAGUCAUUCGCAAUAAUGGUGAUAGUAGCCAUAAUCAUGACGGCCAUCGUCACGCCCAUCGUUACCACCAUAUACAAGCCCGCAAGGAGGUUCGUCCCCUACAAACGCAGGACCAUUCAAAGAUCAAAACCAGAUGCUGAGCUCCGAGUGCUGACGUGCAUCCACACGCCUCGAAACGUACCAACCAUCAUCAACCUUCUAGAGGCCUCCCACCCUACCAAGAAAUCCCCUAUCUGCGUCUACGUCCUUCACCUAGUCGAACUCACGGGCCGCGCCUCCGCCAUGCUCAUAGUCCACAACACCCGCAAAUCCGGCCGCCCGGCCCUCAAUCGGACUCAAGCUCAGUCCGACCACAUCAUCAACGCAUUUGAGAACUACGAGCAGCACGCCGGCUGCGUCUCUGUCCAACCCCUCACUGCCAUCUCCCCCUACUCCACCAUGCACGAAGACAUCUGCAAUUUGGCGGAGGACAAGCGUGUGGCUUUCAUCAUCAUCCCCUUUCAUAAGCAGCAAACCGUGGACGGUGGCAUGGAGGCCACCAACCCCGCGUUCCGAAUGGUGAACCAGAACGUGCUGGCCAACGCCCCCUGCUCCGUCGGGAUCCUCGUUGACCGCGGCCUGAGCGGGUCAACCCGUUUGGCAGCUAACCAAGUUUCCCACCACGUCGCUGUGUUGUUCUUCGGCGGACCUGAUGACCGCGAAGCCCUAUCGUAUGGGUGGAGGAUGUGCGAACAUCCGGGUGUCACCCUCACCGUGAUGCGGUUCAUCCCGGGUGACGACGCGACGGAGACGACGGUGGAGCCGAGCCACGAACCCAACGACCCCAGGGUGUUGACGGUGGUGACGGACUUGGAGAGGGAGAAGCAACUGGAUGAGGAGUACAUGAAUGAUUUUAGGAUGAAGAAUACGGGGGACGAGUCGGUUAUCUACGCAGAGAAGCUGGUGAACAAUGGGGAAGAGACGGUGGCGGCUAUAAGGUCGAUGGACAAUGUGCAUGACUUGUUCAUCGUUGGGAGGGGACAAGGGAUGAUAUCGCCGCUCACGGCGGGGCUGACGGACUGGAGCGAGUGCCCGGAGCUUGGGGCGAUUGGGGAUUUGUUGGCGUCGUCUGAUUUUGCAGCAACGGUGUCGGUGUUGGUGGUGCAACAGUAUGUUGGGGUUGGCCCGCAGGGCGAAGGGAUUGGGACGCCUGACAGCCCGAUUCAACAGAGUGACCUGUUCGGUCAUAGCCAGCAGGUAAACCAGGUCAACCGCCGCCCCCCACCGCCGAGAGGGCCACUGGCUGUGUUCAACCCCUAA